GGGGGCGGGAGGGAGGGGGGAGAGCCCGGUGUCACGUGGGGGGCGGCGCGGGGGCUGCCGGGAGCGCGGCAGUUGGGCGGGGCGCGGCGGGGCGCGCGGGCGGCGGUUGAGCUGCGGCCGCGUCAGCAGCCAGCCUGGUCCUUUGCAGGCACAGCUUGCCGUGCUGGGGAUGGAGGAUGCUGCCUUAAAAUAGAACGGGCAAAACGGGGAGAAGGGGGGGACGGCUGUGUGGAAUAAGUGUAGAUUGCCGUGGAGCAAGUCUUGGAAGCUUUCUGUUCGCAGGAAGAAGAUUAAAACUUCUGCAAUGAGUAAACGUAAGCUGAAAGAGAACAGUGGAGCAAAUGGCGAGUGCAUUUCACAGGUGCAAAAAAUUUUACGUGAAAGAUUCUGUCACAGUUAUGCCACUGGAAAACCGUUUGGGACUGAACAGCAGCACAGACAUCUGCUGGAACUGCUGAAACGAACUACAGUUCACGGAGAAAGCAAUUCUGCACUCAUUAUUGGAGCCCGAGGAUCAGGAAAGACUGCGUUAUUAAAUCACGUCUUAAAAGAACUCAAGGAAAUAAAACAAGUCAGAGAGAACCUCUUGGAAGUUCAUCUGAAUGGCCUCCUGCAGACUACUGAUAAAGCGGCCCUGAAGGAGAUCACCAGACAGCUGCAGCUGGAAAAUGUGGUUGGGGAUAAAGUUUUUGGCAGUUUUGCUGAAAACCUUGCGUUCCUUCUCGAAGCUUUAAGGAAAGGAGAUCGAACAAGCAGUUGUCCAGUCUUGUUUAUACUGGAUGAAUUUGACUUGUUUGUUCAUCACAAGAAUCAGACACUGCUCUAUAACCUCUUUGACGUAUCCCAGUCAGCGCAGACUCCGGUUACAGUUAUUGGACUUACGUGUAGACAAGAUAUCCUGGAGCUCUUGGAGAAGAGAGUAAAAUCAAGGUUCUCUCACCGACAGAUACACUUGAUGAAUUCCUUUAACUUUAAACAAUACAUUAAGAUAUUCAAGGAACAGCUUUCUCUUCCUGCCGAAUUUCCUGAUGAGUCUUUUGCACAAAAAUGGAAUAAUAAUGUCCAGCAUCUCUCAGAGGACAAAACUGUGCAAGACGUGCUGCAGAGCCUUUUUCACUACACCAAAGAGCUGCGCUCGCUUCAGUUGCUGCUGAUGCUCGCUGUAAGUAACGUUACUGUGCAUCACCCACUCAUCGCUGCGUCAGAUCUUCACGAAGCAAGCAAGCAGUAUAGAAUGGACUCAAAAGCAAAUAUUGUACACGGUUUGUCUGUCCUGGAAAUCUGCCUGAUUAUAGCUAUGAAACACUUAAAUGAUGUUUAUGAAGGAGAACCGUUCAACUUCCAGAUGGUUUACAACGAAUUCCAGAAGUUCAUACAAAGGAAGGCGCAUUGUAUGUACAACUAUGAGAAGCCGGUUGUCAUGAAGGCAUUUGAACACUUGGUGCAACUGGAGUUAGUAAAACCACUGGAAAGGCCGUCUGUCCGUGCGCAGAGGGAGUACCUCCUCAUGAGACUGCUGCUGGACAACAACCAGAUCAUGGACGCGCUGCAGGUGUAUCCCAACUGCCCCACGGACGUCAAGCAGUGGGCCGCCUCGUCCCUCAGCUGGCUCUGAGCUCUUUGGAACUUAAAAUAUCACUUUCUGCGUCAUCAAAGCUUUUGGGGUUAACUGUCACCUCCAGAAGAUGUAAUGUUUCCCCACGGUUGGGUGUUCAGGUUAAUAAAUUUUUGUAAGAAGGUU